AUUUCAGUAGAGGUGACCUUUAAAUGUAUUUAAAAUUUAUUUUCUUUACAUGCGUGUAUGCUUUUAACAUUGUAUUAAAAUUGUGCAUCUUUUUCGGUAGUACGUAAAUAAAAUUUUUGUAUAAACAGUGCGUUAAGGGUUUGGACCUGUGAGGAAAUAUAAGUUUUUGAUUUUUUGACUUAAAUUUUAUUUAUUUUCCAAAAUGUCUUCCAAAAGAUUUUACAGGGGUGAAUCUUACAGCAAUUUAUUGGCUUGUUUGGAUAAAGGUCAACUGGCUGAGGAACAAAAUAGAUGGACAUUCGAAAUAGCAUGGGAGGCAGCCAAUAAAGUUGGUGGAAUUUAUACAGUGAUUAGAUCAAAAGCGUACGUAUCCACUGAAGAAAUGGGGGACCAGUAUUGCUUGAUAGGGCCCUACAAGGAAGCAUGCGCGAGAGGGGAAGUAGAAGAGGGGCCGCUUGGAUCUGAAAGUCUUAACAGGGCUGUAGAAACAAUGAGAAAUAGGGGGUACAAAGUCCAUACUGGUCGAUGGUUGGUAGAUGGUAACCCACAACUUAUUCUGAUGGAUAUUGGGUCAGCUUCAUGGAAAUUAGAUGAAUUUAAAAAUAAUCUAUGGGAUACCACGAACAUUGGUGUACCGCAUUUAGAUGUUGAAACCAACGACGCAAUUCUGUUAGGUUAUAUGGUUUCAGAAUUUAUUGAAGAGUUCAAAAACUGUGCCUGGGCUGAUACAGAUAAACAACCAAAAAUUGUAACUCAUUUUCACGAAUGGCAGGCUGGUGUAGGUUUAAUUGUUCUACGUACACGAAAAGUAGAGGUCGCUACUGUAUUUACCACGCAUGCCACCUUACUGGGAAGAUAUUUAUGCGCCGGUAAUACAGAUUUCUACAACAACCUUGAUAAAUUUGCAGUUGAUGAAGAGGCAGGAAAAAGACAGAUUUAUCACAGGUACUGUAUUGAGAGAGCUGCCACCCAUCUAUGCCACACAUUCACUACAGUUUCUGAUAUCACAGGUUAUGAAGCCGAACAUUUGUUGAAAAGGAAAGCGGAUGUAAUAACACCAAACGGUUUAAACGUUAAAAAAUUUUCCGCCUUGCACGAAUUUCAAAAUUUGCAUGCUUUAUCGAAAGACAAAAUACACGAAUUUGUACGAGGUCACUUUUAUGGACAUUUUAACUUUGAUCUGGAUAAAACCCUAUAUUUCUUCAUUGCUGGCCGAUACGAGUUUGGAAAUAAAGGCGCAGACAUUUUUAUUGAAGCUCUAGCAAGGUUAAAUCAUUAUUUAAAGUCCACGCAUCCAGAUGUCACAGUGGUAGCAUUUUUAAUUUUUCCCGCCAAAACUAACAAUUUUAAUGUCGAAUCCUUAAGGGGUCAUGCCGUCACAAAAAGUUUAAGGGAUACCAUCAGCGAUAUACAGGAUAAAAUAGGGAAGAGAUUGUAUGAUGUGUGUUUAAGUGGUAAAUUACCUGAAGGUGCAGAGCUUUUACAAAAAGAAGACAUGGUUAGAAUGAAGAGAUGUAUCUAUUCCUUGCAAAGAGAUGGUUUACCUCCAGUAACCACUCAUAAUGUCGUAGACGAUUGGAACGAUCCUGUGUUAAACUCAGUGCGUAGAUGUAACAUGUUUAACACUACACAUGACAGAGUAAAGAUUGUGUUUCAUCCCGAAUUUUUAAGCUCAACUAACCCCCUAUUUGGAUUGGAUUACGAAGAGUUUGUCAGGGGUUGCCAUUUAGGGGUUUUCCCGAGUUACUAUGAACCCUGGGGGUAUACACCUGCAGAAUGCACUGUACUGGGCAUUCCUUCUAUAACAACGAAUUUAUCAGGUUUUGGAUGUUUUAUGCAAGAACACAUAGCCGAUCCACAAUCGUAUGGUAUAUACGUUGUAGACAGGCGAUUCAUAUCUUUGGAAGACUCUGUACAACAAUUAGCACAAUUUAUGUACGAUUUUGCACGACUUAAUAGAAGACAACGUAUCAUACAGAGAAACAGAACUGAAAGGCUCAGUGAUAUGUUGGACUGGAGAAAUUUGGGAGUUUACUAUAGACAGGCCAGGGUGAAGGCUCUACGUGCAGUUUAUUCAGACUUCAGGGACGAGGUAGAAUCAGGUAUUGGGUCUCUAAAUUAUCCAAAACCUUUUUCUGAGCCUCCAUCACCAAGCAACAGCAGAUUUACAACCCCUACAGGCUCCAGACAUGCUUCUGAUGAUGAAAGCGACUCUGUAGAUGAAGAAGGCGAGCUUGCUGAACUGAGGAUAAAAUAAUGAUUGUGUACUAAAUUAUCUCUAAGCAACUUUUUUAUUUACAAUUCUUGCCGUACCUAUAAAAUUUUAUUUAAAAAAAAUGUUAUAUUUUUUAAAUUUUGUCUGUUAUUGUAAAAAACUACAAAUAAACUAUUAAAUGCACAAAAAAUAUCAUUGUUAUAAAUAAAAUUGUUAGAUUAAUAAUAAAUAUUAAAUAUUAA